CACAGUGACUCACACUGAAUGACAGGUAUCACUGCCCAUGUCCUUCUUUCUCCUUCAGAUGUGCUGAUGUCUGCUCCUUGCAAAGACCUGACCCACCUGAGGCUGGCAGAUGCACAGAUGUGAGCGUGAAUCCCCAGUAAAAGGGCCAUGUCCCACAGCCAGGAUACCCCAGUCCUCACAACGUUCAGGAGUCGUACCAUUGCGUGCAGGAACAUUGGUGAGUGGAUCUGCACCUCCCAGCCCUCCUCAGUCCCUCUUCCUCCACAUAUCUCUUCUUCUUUUCGGUAGAAUGAGUGAGAGAGACAUACAGAACCUGACCAAAUGGGUUUUCGUGCUCACUCUCUGCCUUACCACGCUGUGGGGACGACUGACGCUGGCCUCCAUGCAUCACCACAGAAGCCAUUCAGUGCAUGUAGAGCCCGGCACAUGCGAAGUCAUUGCAGCUCACCGGUGCUGCAACAAGAACAAGAUCGAGGAGCGCUCGCAGACAGUGAAAUGCUCCUGUUUCCCAGGGCAGGUGGCAGGGACAACGCGGGCAGCUCCCUCCUGUGUGGACGCCUCCAUCGUGCUGCAGAAGUGGUGGUGCCAGAUGGAGCCGUGUCUCGAUGGGGAAGAGUGCAAAGUGCUGCCUGACCUCUCGGGGUGGAGCUGCAGCAGUGGCAACAAAGUGAAGACGACCAAGGUCACUCGAUAGCCUCCAUGCCGUGUGGCGCUGGCUGACCAGCCUUGGCGUGGGUCCUGGUGCUGCCAUGAGCAGCAGGACGUGGCCCAGUGCCUGCAGAGGUGGGAUGCUCCAGGGCCACCAUCCUACACCCGUCAGCGGGACCGUGACAGCUACUGGAUCAGAGCAUGUGCUGAGCCCCAGCUUCCCUGGAGGCUGCAGGCAGGGACCCCAUUGCAGCUGCCAGAAUCCCAUCACUUCACGGUUUCCUCCUUUUCUCUGGACACAUCCUCCUAAAUAAAAUACUCCCACUAUGUAA